AUAUUACACACCAAGAUAGAGCAUAGUGAGAGAGAAAACGUCCUCGAAAUAAGAUAGCUAUAUGUUUAUAUUCUGAUCAAAACCAAAACAAUAAACCACAUACAGCGAUUGGUUGAAAAGACUCGUGUUUUCCGAAGUUAUCCGAAGUGAUGAUCAAAACCAAAACAAUAAACCACAUACAACGAUUGGUUGAAAGAAUCGUGUUUUCCGAAGCUAUCCGAAUGAUGCUGAAUUGUCAAGCAGCGUUGGCAAUAUUUUUGGAAAAGUAUAUAAUCCCAGGUUUUCGCUUCCGUUCGAGAGGAAAUAUGACAUAAUUAUUUCAAUGUAAAAUGUAUCGGCUAUUGAAUAAAUGAUAAUACUGACAAUACUAAUGCUUGAUGAAUUCAGGAUAUGUUCUAAGCCAAGUUACAUAAUGAAAUUAUGUUCAUAAAUUUAAUAUAAAAAAAUAAGGAGAUGACGAAGAAAGAAGUUUGGCAACGUUGUUUAUUCAACAACCCACUUCGAAUGGCCACAUGUUUACAUAUUCUCGAAUCUUGAAUGAUACAAACGUUAUUGUUGGACGAUUUACGUGAAAACGGUGUUAGACAAUAACUAGAAACUGCAAAAAUGGUGAAUCGCUGUGUGGUGUGCAAAAAAAUCAGCAGUAAAAGCAAUGGAAAUCCAUGCACCGUUCAAGUAACACAUUAGCGGCUUCAGACGAAAGGUAUAUGACCCAGGACCCAUCAGAUGUUGGUAAAGUUGGGGAGUCCUCAAAAUUGAUUGGUUCUGAAUUAUCAGAAACUUCAGAUUUGUCUGCUACCGCAAGUGCUUCAGAUUUAUCUGCCACAUUGACUGCUUCCGAUUUAUCUGCUACAGACAUGUCUGUUGCUUUGGCCGCUUCAGAUUUAUCAGGCAAAGUGGAUUCCUUAGAAGUAUUUGAUACUGAAAAAUUUGCAGCACCACAUACAAAAACUUCAUGUUGCACAUCGACUGCUUCAGAUGGAAGGAGUGUGACCCAGACUCUCUCAGAUAUUGGUAGAGUAGAGGAAUUUCCAAAACUGAGUGGUCUGAACUAUCUAAAACUUCAACAGCUUCAGAUUUGUCUGCUACAUGCAAUGAUUGCACUAGUCUGUUGAUACCCCUCAUCAAAGAAACUACGUGUAUUUCCUUUAUUUUCAAAUUUGAUAGUAUCUGUCCAUUGUCAUGUUGUCACACUUUCAGAAUCCUAUUGUUUCGUUUAUAUAUUCUAUUUUCCAGAUCUAUAUGUACUAAAAAUGAUGGAUAAUUUUUAUC